AAAAUCCCACCGAACACUGUAAUGAUAUCCCUAAGUUCCACUUCCAUGAUUUGACUCCAUUUUCUAACUUCCACCUAGCGAGGAUUACUGAAGGAGCGGUUGCUGGGCCGGCCGUAUGCCGAUGUCUGAUAAGAGUCAAGGGUUCCAGCUGUCGCCGCUAGUGCGCCACUGUCGGCGCGACCGCCAGCGCGGUACAUUUGAAACGUGGAGAUGCCCAGACCGCCGAGACUUGACUUCUAACAACCCCUGAACAAGUUUUGAGUCAUAAUUUUGGUGCAACAUGGGUAAAUGGUGGAGGCGGAGGGGUAAGGGGAGGUUCAACGGCAACACUGCCAUUGCUAAGCUGCCAAGCAGGCUGCAGCUUGCUCGCUCGCCCCGGCUGUCCACUUCCAGGUACUUGGGUAUCACCCUCUCCCUCCCCCGCACCAUACAUAUGGCCCCUCGGCUUGCUCGGCCCAGUUCUUAGAGAUAGAAGGGCAGCCUCCCCCACCUCCCCCACCCCAGCCCCGGCCGCUGCGCUGCUAAUGAAACAAUAGGGCGGCGGCCGGGGACUUUAUUGGAGGUGGGGAUUAGGAGGCUGGCCAGGCUGCCCACAGGUGGACGGGGUGGACCCGGGAGGGUCAACGAGCAGGUCGAGGACGGCCGCAGUACCGGGUGCCUGAAUCACCUGCUAAUCCCCGUCGCGACACUGCUAUAGGGGGUGUCUGGCGAGGAGGCUGCAUCGAUGGAAACAAUGACAGGACGACGAGGAGGGGUCGGUCGAGGCCCGUUAGGUCCAGCUGACGCACCAGGCCAUAUUCUCGGACCGUGGGACCGGGGCCCAGGAUAGGGGUUUCGCGAAGUGUCCCCCAUCCCCGGACAGGGCAGGGGAGGGGAGGGCACCUGAAAGGGCGAGGGAAUGGAUGAGUAGGGGGCUCACUCAGUCAGUCAAGUCCCAGCACUGAGUGAGAGCUAUCGGAGUCGUCGUUGUCGUGUCGUGCUUGUCGUUUGUUGUGAGAUGUGUAGUGAAGUGCGUGCUGGUUUUGAUGAGGAGGAACUUAGAGCUAUGCUAGAGGACGAUGAUUUACAAGCUGAAUUUGAUUCCGAGUGGGAUUAUGCGGUACCACCGAGUUUGGGUUGUGAGGAGGAGUUCCUGAGGGCGGCAGGCGUUGGCACUCCCUCUGGCGCGGCUGCCCCCUCUGCCCCCCCUGCCCCCGCUGCCCCUCCCCCGACGAAGAAGAGGAAGAGUUCGUCCAAGGGGAAGAAGAAUGUGUCAGACAAGCCCGAAAAGCCCAAGGUCCACUGUCCGCGUUGCAACAGAGGAUACAACUCUUUGGAAGGCGUCGAACGUCAUCAAAGUGUGCACAAGAUGGAAGAUGGAUUGACUGAGGGACUUCCCACAGCUGAGAGCGUGUUGAACAACUCGGUGGUUUUGGCUGCAGAAGUCCUUGAAGAGAUGGUUAGAAACCUGUCUAGCCAUGGUUCUGAGCCCCAGCUGCUCGGAAUAACUCAGGACUUCAUCAAGAAGCAGAAGAAUGAAAAUUUUGUAUCCUUUAUUAAUGUGUGUACUAGGAACAUCUGUCAGUGCAUACCUAGUGGUCGUUAUUCUCCCAGGUCAGACAAGAUGGAUGUGCCACUUCCCUCAGUUUUGUAUAGUAAUUUUUUGUCUGGGUGCAGCAGAUUUUUAAUUUCCGAUACUUUUUUUGAAAUGGUGGAUAAUUUAAUUUUUGAGGAUGUAGAUGUUACACAUUAUAGACUUAAAGUUAUUUUUUGUACAGAUUUCACUAGGAAGUUACUGAUUAAAGUUGUGGCAUUUGUAGUUAAAUCUAUAAAAUUAUCUAUAUACGAGAAUAUGGGUAUUAGGCCGAGGGCACCUGUUUCAAUAUCACCUGGUGCUCAGAUAUAUCUUAAGCAGUGUGUCCAUUACGUCUCUGGCUCAGUGAUACGUAGAAUCUUAAGGCCUCUCUUUCCUCUGAGCCGUAGGAAUGGCGGCAGGUGGUGUGAAGUUAUUGAGGCGAUACAGCUUCAAUUUUUAAAGGAUGAUUUAACUGGCCCCCAUGCAGACCUGGAGAGGUGGACCCUAGCUCAGGACCGGGGAAGCCUGUUGUAUGUGUCAGAGAGUGCUCUGACAUUUUUCCUCUAUGUGGCAGAGGUAGCCAAAUCAGCAGAACAGCCUGAUGGUUCUCUUGAUGCCAAGGUUGUCCUUCAAAAUAUUUCUGAAGAUGUGGAUGGUAUGUUCCGAUGGGAUGCAGUGUGUGGUGAGCGCUUCACAGGCACUCAUUCCCAGUUUCUUAUGGAUAUGGCAGUGAAAUUAUUUUGCAGCACGUGGGCCAAGGGUAUCCAAAAGAGACGAAUGAAUGCAUUGCAUGCCAGAGGUUACAUAUCCCAGAAUCUAAGAGGUAAACUAGCAGGUGCCUCUUCAUCUUCAAUGUAAAAAUGUUUUUUAGUUUUUAAAUUGUAGAUAGAGAGGCACCAGUUAGUUGGUGCACUAGUAAUUAUUAAUUGACAUAUUUCAGUCUUUUUAACCUGAGCCAGAGCAUACUUUUUUCUAGUCGUUUUAUAUUUUGAAUGUUCCAUAUUUUUAUUACUUCAUGCAUCUUCAAGAUGUCGACUAUGUUUUCUAGUAAUUUAAUAGUUUGAUUGCAAUUGGUUCUAAUUUGUUUGUGUAACAACAUA